AUGGCUGGCGGUUACUUUGAUCUCCCUAUUUCCUCGUCAAGGCCUCGAAGCCUUACCGAUCUGUCUGGAAGAGCAAGCAGAUCCUCUCAAGGGCCGCGUAUAUCCCCUCACUCAACCCCCAAUGAGAGGCUGCAGGACAGAGCAGCGGACCCUAGCGGAGCCCAGGGCAGAUUCCGGAAUGCUAAAGUCCCCAAAAACGCGAAUCGCGUCAAGUUCACAGUCAGCGAAGCAGGUCUUGGCGAAAGUACUUGGGGAUCGACGUCAGACACCCGGCUUGAUGGAAGGGGUUCAUCAUUGCCUCAAAGACCAUUGCCCACAGCUCGCAUUCCAGCGGCAGACAAGGUCACUAUCGACCCCCAAUCAGUGCCCUUGAUCGAUAUCAGUCCUGGCUCACCGGUCGGUGUCACGGGCCUAACUGUCCACUCAAGGGCUAGCUCGCCGGAGAUUUAUGGUGAUGAUGAAGUCAGAAAUGAGAAGGGGAGAGCUAUCCACUCUGCGCAAGAAAGAGCCCAGCGAUUGGCCACCCUACUCAGUCGUUCACCUAAUUCUCCUAGGCCAAGCCGUCGGAGCAGUCUGCCGUCAUCCAUAGCGUCGACUCCCUCCGAGGUGGUGCUGCCCGCUGAGCUUGGAGAUGAAAUCCCCAUGAUCAGCCUGACUGAGAAACAUCUGGACGACUAUUCAGACGACGAUGAAGUUGGCCCACUGAACGGGCGACACUCCACACGUACUUCAGACGUUCACAAACUAGUGCAACAAAUGACUCUCAAGGAUUUCAACUUUUUGACCCGGCUUCAAGCCCCGUCUCCAGGGUUUCGGUCUGGACAGGUCACCCCCCUCGAGGAUAGGGAGCCCGAAAGCUAUGCCGAACGCCCGCCUCAUUAUAGGAGCGGGAUUCUCUCCUCUCUGCUGAAGCUUUACGAGCAUUCGGAUGGUCAAUAUUCUGGCGGGCGACAUGGCCAUUCCCGUCGGAGUAGUGCCGGGGAAAUCGGUGGUAGAGGGCUAUCUCCUGAUCCUGGCUGGAAGCCGCAGCGCCCGAGAAAAUGGUACGAAAAAUCGCCGAGCCAGUCUAGCGUUUCUCUAGCUGGUUCUACCGCCAAGAACUCAUCUAGCUCUCCCAUCGCGAUGCUCAAGCGCUCACGGAGCAGCGGUGCCAUACCGGGACACCCCAAGCGGAUGGGUAAGCCGCAGCUUGAGGAUGAGAUUCGGAUUACAGUACAUAUCGCCGAGCUGCUCUCUCGGCAACGGUAUUGCAUACGUCUCUGCCGGGCCUUGAUGAAAUAUGGAGCCCCAACGCAUAGGCUAGAGGAGUACAUGAGGAUGACGGCACGGGUCCUAGAAAUCGACGGUCAAUUCCUCUAUUUCCCAGGCUGUAUGAUCAUCUCUUUCGACGACGCUGCCACCCACACGACCGAGGUGAAGGUGGUGAGAGCUCCUCAAGGGGUUGACCUGGGCAAGCUGUCUGACGUACACAUAAUUUACAAGGAGGUGAUACACGACGUGAUUGGGGUGGAGGAAGCAAUCCAGCGGCUGGACGAGAUCAUGAAGAAGAAGAACAAAUACCCCAUCCCGAUCCUCAUUCUGCUGCACGGUUGUGCAAGUGCUUGCGUCGGUCCAUUCGCUUUCAGUGCCCGACCCAUCGAUAUGCCGAUCGCAUUUUUGCUUGGAUGUCUCUUGGGAACCCUGCAACUUGUUCUUUCCCCACGUUCCAACCUCUAUCAAAACGUUUUCGAGAUCUCGGCCGCCGUUUUGACUUCAUUUCUGGCCCGAGCAUUUGGCAGCAUUCGUCAUGGGGAUGCAAGACUCUUCUGCUUCUCUGCCUUGGCUCAGUCGUCGAUCGCGUUGAUUCUACCGGGCUACAUGGUCCUGUGUGCCAGCCUGGAACUACAGUCCCGCAGUAUUGUGGCUGGUUCGGUUCGGAUGGUGUACGCCAUUAUAUACUCUCUAUUCCUGGGUUUUGGAAUCACGAUCGGUACUGCUGUCUAUGGUCUUCUCGACGCUGAUGCUUCCUCCGAAUACACUUGUCCUCCCAGUCCUAUCACCAACGAAUACGUGGGACGGUUCCCUUUCGUUAUUCUUUUCACAUUCUGCCUUGCUGUCAUCAACCAAGCCAAGUGGAGACAGAUACCUAUGAUGCUGGUCAUCGCAUUUACAGGAUUCAUAACAACCUACUUUGGCACAAAACGAUUCUCCACAAGCACCCAGGUGUCCAACUCUCUGGGAGCUUUUGUUGUUGGUGUGAUGGGGAAUCUCUACAGCCGACUACGGCAUGGAUUUGCAGCAGCCGCGAUGCUGCCUGCGAUCUUUGUUCUGGUGCCGUCGGGGCUCGCAGCCAGUGGAUCUCUGAUCUCUGGCAUCGCAGCAGCCGAACAGAUCACGACGGUGCCAUCGCCGUACGCACCAGUGUCGAACGGCACCCAGGGCUUCGUCGACGCAGCCCAGAAUAUGACGAAGCCUGAGUAUGACACUCAAUCUCAAGGCAUCGUACUUGAUAUCGGUUAUGGCAUGAUCCAAGUCGCAGUGGGCUUCACAGUCGGCUUGUUUCUGGCUGCUUUGGUAGUCUACCCUCUGGGAAAGAAGCGAAGCGGGCUGUUUAGUUUCUAGAGCAGCUUCGGCUUCCUCCACGAUUCAUUUAUACAUCGCUUUUUGCAUCUAUAUACGUGAAGCAUACCCUCCUUUCUGUUUUUCAUUGUUGUCUAGCAUUGCCGUCACGAAAGCGAAUGUGUCGAGUUGUUUCAGCGUGAAUUGUUUCGCAUGAUGUCGCUAUCUAUAUAGUUCUGACUCUAAGCUCUCUUUUUUGUGUUGUUGUUGCCGCUGGUCUUCUUGCAUCUGUCGGUAAACUCACUCACUCUUUUGAUUUCCCUCUUUACAGUCUGUGUCUGUGAUCGACUCUGGGUAGUUUAGCAAUGAUGAGAUUAUAUCUGCAUGCUUCCUUCCC